AUGGCCUCCACCGCGGGCGCGUUCGCCCAGAGGAAGGCUCAGACCCUGGCCGAGCUCGCGGCUGACAGCGGAGAUUUCAGCCGCGCGGGGCACGUCGACGAGCGCGCGAGGCCCAUCGUCGGCCUAGUGAACCGCCAUCCGAGCUUCUUCACCACCAGCUCUUGCGCCGGGCGCGUCAGCCUGUUCGCCGAUCCCACCACGGCCACCAGGGCGGCGGGCAUGAAGGGGGGCGAGUGGGUGUACGUCAACCACGACCCGGCGGACGCCGACGCGAUCGUGGCGGCGGUGAGGCGCAAGCUCGGCGAGGACGAGGACGGCGGCGAGGGGAUGGACCCGGAGUGCACCCUCGUGUUGAGGUUCGAGCCUUUCAUCCUUUCUGUGGAGGCUUCUACCCUCGAGGAGGGCGCACGGCUGGUGGCGGCCGCGCGGGACGCCGGCUACCGCGAGAGCGGCAUCACCGCAAGCGACAAGAGGUUCAUCCUGGCCGUGCGAUGCUCAAUCCGCAUGGAGGUGCCCGUGGUAUCGUGCGGGGAGAGGCUAGUCACCGACGACGCGCUCAGACGCCUCGUGUCCAUCGCCAACGACAAGCACGCGGCCAACUCCUCACGCGCGGAGAGGCUCAUGGAGCGUUUCAUCGCCGUCUUUGGCGACGAGCUGGAGGCGCCGGCGACGCGCGGGGGCGACGGCAGAGCAGGAGAGGAGAGGGGCGACGAGGCGGGCGAGACCUCCGAGUCCGCGCCCCACAUCGAGGGCGAGUGGGUGCUCAUGGUGGACAAGCUCGCGGCGAAGCGGUGCAAGGAUGCCAUCAAGUCCGCCGGGUGGCUGGACCAGGGCAGGCGGGCGGGCGCCAGCGACGACGGGAAGCGCGUCGCUCUGCCCGUCACAUCCGCCGGCGCCGCCGAGCUCGUCGUCGCCAAUUCGCUCGGUGGAAAUGGAUGGGAGGACUGCAAGUCGCUACCGGCUCUGGAAGCGAUACGGGAUGGCCACGCAGAGCUCGUGCGAUCCGACGAAUCUGCACCGGACAGCCCGGGAAAGCCACCGACUGGUCCGAAGCUCCAGGCGAAACAGUCGAGGCAGAGCCCCGCCGCCACGAUAAAGGCGGCGGCAUUGGCGCUGCUGCCCCGCACCACACCGCAGACGCCCGCUAUUAUCGCCGAAAUACCCACCAAGUGGGAGAAACUCGGCGACCUCGCCCUCCUCCCUUCGUGCUCAUUCCUCUCCGACGAGGUGUGGACGAUGGGCGUGAGGGAGCGUCUGUACCCGGCUGUCGCUGAGGCCCUCGGCGUGGCGAGGCUGGCGCGGCAGGCCGAGGUGAGCCAGGGGCCCAAGCGCGAGUCCCGCGCGGUGAUGCUUUGGGAUCCCGGGAACGUUGGCGGGUGGGUCGAGACCAAGGAGCUCGGGGUGACGUACGGCCUUGACGUCACCAAGGUUAUGUUCAGCAGCGGGAACGGGACGGAGAAGGCAAGGAUGGGUCGGGUCCACGCCGCGGGCGAGACGGUGGUGGACCUCUUCGCGGGUAUCGGCUACUACACCCUGCAGCUGCUUCGACACGCGGGAGUGGCCAAGGUUUUCGCGUGCGAGUGGAAUCCAAACUCCGUGGCGGCGCUCCGUCGCAACUUGCGGCUCAACGGCGUGGAGUCGAACAGGUGCGAGGUGAGGGAAGGGGACAACCGGAGGGUCGCGCCCGUCGGUGUAGCGGAUCGCGUUCUGCUCGGACUGCUCCCCGACAGCGAGACAUCCUGGCCCACGGCCGUGGCGGCGCUCAGGGCCGAGACCGGGGGCGUGAUGCACGUGCACGGUAACGUGGCGAGCGGCGAGGAGGAAGCGUGGGCCCGGCGUCUCGAGAGCGAGGUCGCGGCGCUCGCGGCUGACCUGGGUCGGGAGUGGGCCGUGCGAGUGGAGCACGUGGAGCGGGUCAAGUGGUACGCGCCGAGGGUGAGACACCUAGUAGCCGACGUGAGGUGUGUGCCCACCAGGCUCGGCGCGGUGUGGGCCGCGGGCGUUGGCGCGGCGACCUCGCCGAUGGCCAGGAACUCGAACGAGAAGCUGGCCGCCAUGCUGGACGCGAAUGAGGUUGAGAAGGAGUUGAAGGUCAAGCUCCCGCCAGGGUCCCCGGAGUCGGUGCUGGACGGCGCCAUGUCCUCCCAACCUGUGCGACGAAUGCACCGACCCUCCCCCGCGGACUUCCGGGCGGGGCCAUCGACCCACCGCGAGCCGUGUGUGAUGACUGGUCUCGACAUAGGUCCCGCGCCGUGGACGUGGUCCCCGGCGCACGUGGCGUCGGUGCCCGGCGUGAGGGAGUCCGAGGUGAGCGUCCACGUGUCGGACACACCGCACCUGGACUUUGUUCGGAAGAACUUCAAGUUCAAGAACAUGCCGUUCGGGGAGCUCCUCGACGAGCUGACCGCCGAGGCCCAGACGGAAGGGACAGGCCACGAUAAGAAGACGUGGUACUACCUGCGAAGCAUCGGUCGCAAUCCCCGCAAGGAGCCCGCGCACUGCCUCGAGCAGUUUCCCGGUUUGGCGAAGGAGCUCAGGAUCCCCUCGGACGUACUGUGGGGCGGGUCCACGGACGACGAUCAGUACUUCAGCGCCGUGCUUCGAUGUUCUAGCGGCGGUCUAAGGCUGUGGACCCACUACGACGCCAUGGACAACGCCCUCAUCCAACUCCACGGCGAGAAGCGGGUGCUGCUCUUCCCACCCGCCGCGAGCGCGGGUUUGUACCUGGACGGGUCCUCAUCUCCCGUCGUCGGACCCGCGGUGGACGGCGUGGACGGUAAAUGGCCCGAGGAAUUCCCCGCGUACCGAGCCGCGCGUACCAUGGCCGUGGAGGUGACGCUGCAGCCCGGUGACGUGCUCUUCAUCCCGGCUUUGUGGGCACACCACGUGGAGGCUCUGCACGGGCCGUCAAUUGCCGUCAACGUUUUCUUCAGGGAGCUGCCAAAGUCCAUGUAUCCGGCCAAGGACCUCUACGGAAACGCGGAUCCGAUCGCGGCAGGGAAGGCGCUAGACGCGUGCGAGACUGCCGCGAGGGAGCUGUCGAGCCUGCCCCGCGACCACAGGGUGUUCUACGGGGGUGUUGCGGUGGCUCGUAUGAUGAGGGACCUUCGCAUCGAGGACGAAGUUGGCGCGGUGGUCGUGCCAGGCUCCAUCGCGCCGAGGGUCUCGAAGCAGGAACCAGAUAAACCAGUUGAGGAGGUGACCACGGCGGUGACUCAGACGGUGACGCAGGUCAGUACGGUCAACCUCGCCGGCGUGGCAACUGGCGUGGCUGUGGGCAUCGCUUUGUGUGGCGUCGCAUCCCACGUCUGGCGGAGAUCAUAA